AUGGAUUUGGACAAAAAUCUAGAUAUAAGUCAAUUUCAACUAGAUAUGAGCCCAGAACCUAUUCCUGAAGGCCCUGAACCGCAAUUUGCUGAUGUUAUUCCAAAUGUCACAAUUGCAGCUGGAAGAGACGUAACACUUCCUUGUGUUGUAGAAGGCUUAGGAAAUUAUAAGGUGGCAUGGAUACAUACAGAUAGGCACACUUUACUAACACUGCACGACCGAGUUAUCACAAAAAAUUCCAGGUACAGGAUCACGCACAAUAACUACCGCACGUGGUGGCUGACCAUACAAGAUGUCAAAGAAGAUGACUCUGGCCACUACAUGUGUCAGAUAAACACGUCGCCUAUGAUUCAUUUAGUAGGCAUCAUACAGGUGGUCGUUCCUCCAAAACUUAUCGAAAACAUGACAAGCUCGGACACAGAUGUCCGUGAAGGAACAGAUGUGUCUCUGAAAUGCCAUGCGUCUGGUUCUCCACCCCCACAGAUCAAGUGGCGGAGAGAAGACGAUAAAGACAUCACUCUUGGAACGAAGAAAGUACCAAGUGUUGAAGGCUCAUAUCUUAACAUAACGAAAACUAGUCGUCUUCAUAUGGCUGCUUAUCUGUGUAUCGCAACGAAUGGUGUACAACCAGCAGUUAGCAAAAGAAUCAUGCUCAACGUAAAUUUUGCUCCAAUGAUAUGGAUUCCCAACCAGUUAGUCGGUGCGGCCUUAGGAGCGGACGUCACACUAGAUUGCAAUCUGGAAUCACAUCCAAAAUCUGUUACGUAUUGGACCAGAGACGGUGGGGGUGUAAUGAUUCUUUCCAACACGAAGUAUAACAGUCUGUUGAUUGACACAGGUCUUUACAAGGUGCAGAUGAGCCUCAGGAUCAAAACCCUCCGUCCCGAGGAUUUCGGAUCGUAUACUUGUGUUGCAAAGAACUCCCUCGGAGAAACAGAAGGCACAAUUCGCUUAUACGAAAUACCAAAACCACAUUCUUCUACAUACCCAACAAGAGGAGGUUUGGCUAGUAGCAGAGCCGAUGGAGCUCACCAAGCUAAUAGUGAAAAAAUGGGAAUAAAGUGGCACAAAGAUGAAGAAGGUUUUCUCCAAGGUAUGCAGGAUUUCUCCAAUGGUGAUUUAGAAAAAAGAGAUUCACCAUCACCAGUGACAGUGUACUCAGGAUCUGAAAAAGGUGAGGGUCGUGAUACGGGAAACCACGCACGAACUUACGACAUACAGUGGAGUUCGCUAGUGAUUUCGAUAUUUGUUCCUGUAUUCAUCAUUUGCCUGUAGUACAAUCUCAGUGCAACGAGUAAAAAACUCUGAACAAUUAUGUGGAACUGUUUUGCCUAUGUCUGCUGGUGGAGCUUUGGCACUUUGAGAAAAAGUGGUGGCGUGACAAUGCAAAGAAAAAACCUAACGGAAAAAAAAGUGUUCAAGAGCUAGGAGUGUUUCAAAUGCUGAACAUUGUGUUUGUUAUUACAUGUAUAUUGUGAUUAAAUAUCACAGAGCACAAUUCUCGGGCACUCGAACAAAAUGAGAAAAUCUUUCGACCAAAAAAAAUAAAUAAAUAAAUAAAUAAAUAAAAAAUAAUAAAAUAAAAUAAAUGAAUAAAUAAACAAAUAACCUUAAUAACUAUGCUCUUUAAAAUUGUUCUUUUGAAUUACUUAAAAUUUAUAUCAUCAAGAUUUGUAUUUUAAGAAAAAUGGAUAUCUAUAAAUUAUGCAAUGUACUCGUAUUCAAGAGUCUUCACAAAAGGUUAUAUUAUCUGAAAAUCCAAGAAGCUUUGCAAUUUGUUAAUAAUAUUUGCUAAUAAUAUUAAAAUGAGUCAUCAUAUUUAUAGCAAGAACAAGUCACAGGGUAAAAAAAAAUCUUGUCUAGGAAAAAAAGACAACCAAACAGAAAAGUGUAAAACUGAAAAUCUAGCCCAAAAUCUAGAAAUCUACUAAGUUCAAGAACAAGUCACAGGGUAAAAAAAAAUCUUGUCUAGGAAAAAAAGACAACCAAACAGAAAAGUGUAAAACUGAAAAUCUAGCUCAAAAUCUAGAAAUCUACUAAGUUCUAGUUAAUUCUUUUUCUUCUGCAGUUUAUCGCAAACCAAUUAAAUCUUAAGUGAUUUUUAGCUUUGUUUUUUUAGGUACUAACUGAGUAAUUUAGAUUAUUAAGUCCAUCAAAAAAUAAAGACAA